AUGAAGCGAGCACACUUCAUUGUGGGUCGUCUGGACUAUUACGAUCUACAUUACAAGUUGCAUAUAUCCAGGGGUGACAAUACGCAUUGGAUAGAUGAUUCUGAAAAACGCGCCCUAGCUGAGGAACAUGCCCGCCGACAGGUGACCCUAGAGGGGUUUGGAUACGGCCGUCCCGAACCAACCCCCCAUGAUCAAAAGAAGCGAGAGGCAGAUCAAAUGGUUGAGCGGAUGUCCAGUCGAUGGUUGCAGAUACAUUCAGAAUACAUCAUGCAAGGAUCCGGCGCAUACAACGAGUAUCAGAGAGAGGCUGUUUACAAGUCAGUCCUCUGGAGGAUACCAAGGAAAAGUGAGGACGGGUUCUGUGCUCCAGUGGGUGCAGGGCAAAAGUCGUUCUGUCAGAUUCUUGGUGGCGAGAGAUUCGAAAGUGAAGAUAUCAAUAUGAAGCGAUGA